AUGAGGCGGCUAUGGAGUCUCAGCAGGGUCCUGGACUGCUUCGCCGCGUGCGCCGGCACCGGCUGCGGGUGCCUGUGCGUGCGCGGGAUGGACGAGGAGGAGGAGGCGGCCAUGGAGAGGAAGGCCCUGGUGAGUAGCAGCAGCCAGGUGGUGAGGCUCAGGGACGUCGUGGUGGAGGGGAAGUCGAUCAGGACGCUCGGAUUCCAUCUAGAGCCCAAGACAGUGGAGCUGAGGGUGUCGAUGCACUGCAAUGGCUGCGCCAAGAAAGUUCAGAAGCACAUCUCAAAGAUGGAAGGCGUGACGUCGUUCGAGGUGGAUCUGCAGCGGAAGAAGGUGGUGGUGACCGGGGACGUGACACCGCUGGAGGUGUUGCAGAGCGUCUCCAAGGUGAAGCUCGCCCAGCUGUGGAUGCCUCCUCAGCUAUGCUAA